GAAGCGGAAGUAGAGGGGCAGGCAGGGACUAGGAAGAAGAAGGAGUUCAGAGCCCACCAGACCGGUCGUUGUGUCAGGAACAUGGCGGCUUUCAGCAAACAUUUGACAGCUAAAAACUCGUCCAUAGCAGGAGGAGUGUUGCUGGUUUUAUAUCUCCUGAAGCACAGGUACCGGAAGCCCAAACCGAACAGUAAGAAAGGAGGCCCGGCUCAGGUGCUGAACUUAGAGAAAGAUGUGAAGAAGGAACGUGCAGCCGUGGACAAAGUCUUCUUCCUCCGAAUCCUCCAGAUUCUGGGCAUCUUGGUGCCUCGAGUCUUCUGCAUGGAGACCGGCUACCUGAUCCUCAUCGCCUCCAUGCUGGUUGCCAGGACCUACUGUGAUGUGUGGACCAUCCAGAACGGCACCAUGAUCGAAAGUGCGAUCAUCGGCCGCUCCAGGAAGGAUUUCAAGACUUUCUUGUACAACUUCAUCAGAUUCAUGCCAGUGAUUGCCUUGGUGAACAAUUUCUUGAAGUUGGGCCUAAACGAGCUGAAGCUGAGGUUCCGUGAGCGUCUGACAAAGAGCCUGUACGACCAGUACCUGGAAGGCUUCACUUACUAUAAAAUGGGAAACUUGGACAACAGGAUAGCUAACGCCGACCAGCUGCUCACACAGGACGUGGAGAAGUUCUGCAACAGUGUCGUGGAUCUUUACUCCAACCUCAGCAAGCCCUUGUUGGAUAUUGGUCUGUACAUCUUCAAGCUGUCCAGUGCCAUUGGUGCUCAGGGCCCAGCCAUCAUGAUGGCCUACCUGGUGAUCUCAGGCCUGUUUCUGACCCGGCUGAGGAGACCUAUCGGGAAAAUGACGGUGACCGAGCAGCGCUAUGAGGGCGAGUACCGCUACGUCAACUCUCGCCUCAUAACCAACAGUGAGGAAAUCGCUUUCUACAACGGAAACACGAGGGAGAAACAGACCAUUUACGCCACAUUCAAAAAACUGGUCGACCACCUGCAUAACUUCAUCUUCUUCCGCUUCUCCAUGGGGUUUGUGGACAGUAUAAUAGCCAAGUACGUGGCCACUGUGGUGGGGUAUCUGGUGGUCAGUCGGCCCUUUCUAAACCUGUCGGACCCGCGGCACCUGCACAGCACACACUCUGAGCUGCUUGAGGACUACUACCAGAGUGGACGGAUGCUGCUCAGGAUGUCCCAGGCUCUGGGCAGGAUCGUACUGGCCGGCCGAGACAUGACUCGCCUCUCAGGGUUUACAGCUCGUAUCACGGAGCUGAUGAAGGUCCUGAAGGAUCUGAACGCUGGCAGAUAUGAACGCACCAUGGUGUCUCAGCAGAACGACGCUGUCGCAGAACACAAGCUGGUGCCUGGAAGAGGACAGGUCAUCAACAGAGACAACAUCAUCAAGUUUGACCACACUCCUCUGUCCACGCCCAACGGAGACGUCCUCAUCACAGACCUCACCUUCGAGGUGAGAUCUGGAACCAACGUCCUGGUGUGUGGACCGAACGGCUGUGGGAAGAGUUCUCUGUUUAGGGUUCUAGGAGAGCUGUGGCCUCUGUUUGGUGGACACCUGACGAAACCGGACAGAGGGAAACUCUUCUAUGUCCCACAGAGGCCGUACAUGACGCUGGGUUCUCUGCGGGACCAGGUCAUCUACCCCGACACCCAGGAAGAGCAGAGGAAGAAAGGCAUCUCUGACCAGGUGCUGAAGGAAUAUCUGGACAACGUUCAGCUGGGACACAUCCUGGAUCGGGAGGGAACUUGGGACUCGGUCCAGGACUGGAUGGACGUCCUCAGUGGAGGGGAGAAGCAGAGGAUGGCUAUGGCCAGACUGUUCUACCACAAGCCCCAGUUUGCCAUCCUGGACGAGUGCACCAGUGCAGUGAGCGUGGAUGUGGAGGAUUACAUCUACAGCCACUGCAGGACGGUGGGCAUCACCUUGUUCACAGUGUCCCAUAGAAAGUCCCUGUGGAAACACCAUGAGUAUUAUCUCCGCAUGGACGGUCGAGGGAACUACGAGUUCAAGCCCAUCACAGAGGAAACUAUCGAGUUUGGCUCUUAACCGGCGCCGACGUGAGACACAACUGCACUGCUCCAUAAAAACGGUCUAAUCUUUGCACUCGAGACAGAAAUGAAAACUAAAGCUAGUAAAUAAUGUUUUUUAAUAAUUUUGUCGACCACGGUUCAUCUGUGUUUCCUGUUAUUUAAAGCCCUAUCUCACCAUUAAUUUAUGUGUGAUUACAAAACAAGCUGGUAAUUUAUCUCUAGGAUUGGUUUUGCAAUCACAAAAUGUUUGAGUAGACGACACUGUUUUUAUUCUGCCCGUGUUUCUAACAACGUACCAAGUCUGAAGGUUGGAAUGAGCUGAACACUACAACCGUCUUAGUUGUGUUCAUAGUCGCACUCGUUAACGUGGAGCUGGACGCUCAGAUCAGCGGGUUCACUCUCUUUUAUCUGAAACUGAGACUCAUUUAUGAGCUGCCAAGUAGUUUUUCCUCAUGAACCAGAUAAAAAGCCACAUGGAUAUUAUGUGAAGUAAUGAUUCUAACCAGAAACGACUCCGAUGUCUCUAGAAAUGAAUAAAAUCUAAAGCUCGGAAAAGCUUUAAAACUUGAAUAUUUGUUAUGUACAGAGGAUGCAAUAAACAAGAGGAAGUCACAUGACCAAGUGCCUAAAUAGUAAUAAUGAUCCCAAGCUGCUCUCUGCUCAUGUAAAAGUAACGGAAGGUUUAAUCUGCGUCAGUGUCACGUCACACGGUCACAUCCAGGAAACGUUCACAGCUAAAACACAUUGGUCUUAAUGAAAGUGAAGCAGGAAGUAGAAACCGAAAUGAAGCGGACUGAGCUGCUGCUGUGGAUCCUGGUGCCAUGGACGUCAGUGCCGGGUCUGUUUAAAUCAGAGAUGGUACCGGACUCAUUGGUUGCGUUUCCUUCCUCAGCCCCAGCGGUAAAAGCUUCAGUAGUAGUAGAGGCUCAGAUAGACACAGACCUACAGCCAUUUAAGUUUUAUUUUUAUAGCGUCACUAACGAUAUAAAUUGUCUGAAGACGUUUUACAAAACCUGCCCUGAAACGUCCAGAGCAGCAUGAAGCCGACGGUGGAAAGAAAAAACGUCUGCUUCAGGCCGAGCGGGCGGAGGAAGGAGGUGAACUUACACCUGACUGACCUUUAACCUCCAGCACCAGGACGUCUUCUGUUAGUUCUGUCCGUCCAUCCGUCACAUUAGUGCCUCAUCUGAAGAGAGUUGGUCCGAGCGCAGAACGUUUGUAUGAAUGGAAGAAUCAUUGCGGUUUAAACCAGUUUAAUGUUGUUCCUUGGACCUUGAUCACACUUUCAAUUAUUAUUAUUAUUAUUAAUUAAAACACACUAUAGAUCAGUAGAGUCAGAGGCAGAGACGAGUCCAGGGACGAGUCCAGAGACGAGUCCAGGGACGAGUCCGGGGACAAGUCCAGAGACGAGUCCAGGGACGAGUCCGGGGACGAGUCCAGAGACGAGUCCAGGGACGAGUCCAGGGACGAGUCCUGAGACGAGUCCUGAGACGAGUCCAGGGUCUGAAGAAGAGAUGAUCGGUAACGUUACCUGAGCUGGUUCUGUUCUGGGAUGAGCUCUAAAACCGGACUGAAACUCUUCAGACAAACUGUUCCUGUUUAGAUGUUUUAAAGAAUUUAAAGAUUAAAUGAAGGUGUGUUUACAGUCUAACAUCGGGGUCUAGAGUUGGUUUUUAAGGAACGGGUCGACACAUUGAUCUGGUUUAAGUUGUUAAAUGACUCUUCUUCAUGAUUAGUGGAGUGAUAAGUUCUGUCCAUCUUUGCGUUUGCCUCCGGCUGAAAGUUACACCAGAGGCCGAGCUGCUGCGCUCGCAGCCAAAUGAUCCGUUAGUGUGGAGUUAAUGGAGUUAAUGGAGCUAAUGCUGCUGUAUUAUCAUAAAUAACGAAGCAGUUAAGUCCUUCUAUCCAGUUCAGACCAGCAUCAACCUCUGGAUCCACUGUCCAGAUGUUAAGAAACGGUCUGAAAUUCAGCCAAAUAAAAAUGAAACUAAAUGUUAGAAAAUCUGCGUAUGAGGCCUUUUAGUUUUCAGAUAGUUUUAAAUGGUUGAGCUCGAGGCAGAGCUGAGGAAGAGGAAGAGGAAAAGGAAGAGUGGUUGAACUGGAGCGACAGAACAGAUUCACUGUCUCAGUCACUAGUUUGUUGGUCGUGUUUAGCAGAAAUCUGAACUCAUCUCAUCUUACAGCGAAUCAUUCAUAUCAUUAAUCAUCUGUUAUCGUUAAUUAACUGGGUUCAUGUGAAGUCUGUGUAUAUAGACAGUGGGAGUGAUGACGGCUGUGUUAUCACUGUAUCACUGUUCACUUACUCUGAAUGUAUCAUGACUAAAGAGGGAACCUCAGCUGUUCCAGAGGUUUUAUAGAAACGAUCAUCUGUUAUAAUUUCACUCUGCAAUUAAAAAAAUAAAUGAAAAUAUAA